AUGUCUUCCUCAGAGCCACCGGCUCAGCAUGGUCUCGAAUCCAGGCUCGAGACUCUCCGGAAAGCAUACGCAGACCUCCAGGAAGAGAAUGUCAAGCUCCAGAAGAAGAAUGAUAUGUUGGUCCACGAGGUAUCAACACUCAGAGAAUUUUGUCUUCAGAACGGCCUGGCACCGAAAUGGGAGAACGACAAGAGUAACGAGACGGACGAUGCUGACGACGACGACGACGACGACGAGGAGGAGGAGGAGGAGGAGGAGGAGGAGGAGGAGGACCACUUGACCUUGGCUGUACCGUCAACGCCACCAUCCACGCCCACACAUCACUAUCCUCCACAAAGGCCUCGCGCUCGAGAUCCGCGACUAGUCGAGCUAGGUGUGACGUUCCAGAUAAUCCCUGCCAACGGCACUGGAGAGACAGAACACACCACGCAUAGCUUCCAACUCAACGCUGCCGAGUGCUCCUCAAUCCGACAGUUCUGUCAGCGAGUGGCCCAUGCGAUUCCAGAAGAAUGUACAGGAAAAGCAGAACUGACAGGUGCUCCACAGUCAGACUCGGCCUCAGAGCCAGAGUCAGGGCCAGAGCCAAUGAGCGUACCAGAUGGAAAAGCAGAACCGGAAGCUGAAGCGAGUAGGGCACCACCACCACCACCACCACCACCACCACCAUCAUCAUCAUCAUCAUCAGGAGAACAAGAAGAAGUGAUCAGCCCCGAGUUCUCUGCUCAAAUCAAAUCCACCUUCUACCCACCUCUCAGCGCCACGCGCUUCUACCCAGAUCUCUCGCGGGCCACCAUCAAGCUCGAGGAGGACGGACACGUGGCCGAAUUCACAGUGACACCCACGACGCUGGACAAGGUGACCCCGUGGCCCGAAUUGCAGUACCAUGCGUGGUACGAGAGGAACAUAGUGCGAGGAAGGGGCGACAAGGCCGAGUACAUGGUGAACGUCAAGAUGAGAGAAUGUGGAAGUGGAUCCCAGAAAACUCAAUGCGUUGGUCGUGGGUCAAGGCCACCAGAGUCUCUUUGA